UCGAAUCUAUUUGUUGAUUUGAUAACUUGAUAUUGCUCUCUCCGGUUUCUCUCCCCAAACAAACUUUGUCUGUUCAUUUUUCUUUUGGUUUUACUCAAAAUAAUGCCGUUGCUGGCAAAUCUUUGUUGGCCUAAGUUUUUAGAGUUGUAGCAAUAAUUUUUAUCUCGAACCGGAAUCGUGAAAAUCUAGGAACCAUCAGUGAACAUGUCGGCGCCAACGCCAGCUAGUGCACCAAUGGGUCCGCCGGCGCCGCAAGCUCCACAAACAAGCGGCGCCAUGGGGCCUCCACAAAGCCCAGUGAGCGCGUCCUCUUGCGUCCUCCAACAAGCAGCAACACCUGCUGCUGAAACUCAAUCUGGGCCUUCUCAAGCUGCGUUAAACAACCUGGCAGCUUUGAACCGGGCCAUCGCGGCCAUGGAAGAGAAAGGUCUGCAGAACGACCCUAGAUACGCUCAGUUGAUUUACAUCCAGUCCAAGCACACUGCGAAUGAAAACGCUCAGACUGCGGAGAACAUCGAAAAGCACAUAUUUACAAACUACCAGAGGCAACAGUUGCAAAUGCAGAUCAUGGCGUACCGUUUGCUGGCAAGGAAUCAACCUUUGUCCCAGCACAUCAACAACGGCAUUCAGAGUCAUGACGAGCCUAAUCAGACAACAACUUCAACAACAGUCAUUCAGCAGCCAGCUGCAGCAGCAAGCCAACCAGGACCCUCAAAAAGUAGCAGCACAACUGCGGAGGCGGCAAUCACCCCUCAAACCUUGGCACCAACGUCCACCACCCAAUCCACAGGCACUCAGCCAACAGCCACUUCCACUUCAAAGCAGAGCAAAAUCAUGCCAACAGCCAAACCAACCCCACUCGAUCCAGUGAUCACUCUGCAGGAGCGAGAAAACAGAGUGGCAGCUCGAAUCGCACAUCGCAUCCAAGAGCUCAGCAGUCUGCCAACCACCAUGGCCGAGGACAUUCGGGUCAAAGCCAGCAUCGAGCUGAGGGCGCUACGCCUGCUCAACUUCCAGCGGUGCCUACGGACCGAGGUGGUUGCUUGCACCAGAAAGGACACAAGCUUGGAGACCUCCCAGAAUGUCAAGGCGUAUAAGAGAACGAAAAGGCAGAGCCUCCGAGAGGCACGGGCCACUGAAAAGUUGGAAAAACAACAAAAGCUUGAAGCCGAGAGGAAGAGGAGGCAAAAGCAUCAGGAAUAUCUGAGUGCUGUGCUUCAGCAUGGAAAGGAUCUGAAGGAAUUCCACCGCAAUAACAUUUUGAAGAUCCAGAGAAUAAACAAGGCUAUUAUGAAUUACCAUGCCAAUGCUGAAAGAGAGCAGAAGAAGGAGCAAGAACGCAUUGAGAAGGAGCGAAUGAGGCGUCUUAUGGCUGAAGAUGAAGAGGGCUACAGAAAACUGAUUGAUCAAAAGAAAGACAAGCGUCUGGCCUUCCUCUUGCAACAAACCGACGAAUAUAUUGUUAAUCUGACUGAAAUGGUCAAACAGCACAAGAUGGAGCAGAAACGCAAGAUGAAGGAGCAGAAGGAGCGCAAGAAACUCAAGAAGAAGAAGGAGGGAGAUGAAGGUGACGAUGAGGAUGUGCAUGUCACUGUUAUUGAAACAGCUACCGGUCGAGUUCUGAGUGGUGAAGAUGCGCCCUUGGAAAGUCAGGUGCAGACCUGGCUAGACAUGCAUCCUGGCUGGGAAAUGGCCCCUCGAGAGGACGAAGAUGACGAUUCAGAGAUGAGUGAAGUGGACGAGGAGGACAGGGCUGCUAUUGAGAGACAAGCAAAACUUGACGGAACAAUUGAAGUCAAUGACCCUCACAGAAUGCCUCGUAAUGUUGAGGUCCAUGAGGUGAUUCAAAAAGCAAAGGUGGAAGAUGAUGAGUACAAAACCGCCACUGAGGAGGGAACUUAUUACAGCAUUGCGCAUACAAUUCGAGAGACGGUUAACGAGCAGGCAGCUAUGAUGGUCAAUGGCAAGCUGAAGGAAUACCAAGUCGAAGGCCUCCAGUGGUUGGUGUCAUUGUAUAAUAACAACCUCAAUGGCAUCCUUGCUGAUGAGAUGGGUUUGGGCAAGACCAUUCAAACAAUUGCCCUCUUGACCUACCUUAUUGAGAAGAAAAAGGUCAAUGGCCCGUAUCUCAUCAUUGUUCCACUUUCAACAUUGUCAAACUGGGUGCUCGAAUUUGAAAAGUGGGCCCCAAGUGUUAUUGUUGUGGCUUAUAAAGGGUCACCUUCAGUCAGGAGGCACCUCCAAAGUCAAAUGAAGGCAACCAAGUUCAACGUCCUGCUUACAACAUACGAAUACAUCAUCAAGGACAAGGCAAUUUUGGCCAAGCUGCGUUGGAAAUACAUGAUCAUAGACGAAGGCCACAGAAUGAAAAACCACCAUUGUAAGCUGACACAAAUUUUGAACACCCACUACUUGGCGCCACACAGACUUCUUCUCACCGGCACCCCAUUGCAAAACAAAUUGCCCGAGUUGUGGGCCUUGCUGAAUUUCUUGCUGCCUUCUAUUUUCAAGUCCUGCAGCACUUUUGAGCAGUGGUUCAAUGCUCCCUUUGCCACCACAGGAGAAAAGGUUGAGCUGAAUGAAGAAGAAACAAUUUUGAUCAUCAGGCGUCUGCACAAAGUGCUUCGACCUUUCCUGCUGCGUCGACUGAAGAAAGAAGUUGAAUCGCAGCUACCAGACAAGGUUGAGUACAUCAUCAAGUGUGACAUGUCAGGCCUGCAGCAUGUUCUAUACAGGCACAUGCACAGUAAGGGUGUCAUGUUGACUGACGGCUCUGAAAAGGGAAAAACUGGAAAGGGAGGUGCAAAGACCCUUAUGAACACAAUCAUGCAGCUCAGGAAGCUCUGCAACCAUCCCUUCAUGUUCCAGCACAUUGAAAACGCCUACUGCCAGCAUCUCAACAUCCCAACCAACAUUGUCCAUGGACCCGACUUGUUCCGCGCCUCUGGCAAGUUUGAAUUGCUGGACCGCAUUCUUCCAAAGUUGAAACGCACCAACCACCGAGUUCUCCUCUUCUGCCAAAUGACGCAACUCAUGACCAUCAUGGAGGACUAUCUCAACUGGCGUGGUUUCCUGUACCUCCGAUUGGAUGGAACAACCAAGGCCGAAGAUAGAGGAGACCUUUUGAAGCGGUUCAACACUCCUGGCUCAGAGUUCUUCAUAUUCAUCCUGAGUACCCGCGCUGGCGGUCUGGGUCUCAAUCUGCAGGCAGCCGACACAGUCAUAAUUUUUGACUCGGAUUGGAACCCGCACCAAGAUCUUCAGGCCCAAGAUCGAGCCCACCGAAUUGGUCAACAGAAUGAGGUGCGCGUCCUCAGACUGAUGACAGUCAACUCCGUCGAGGAGAGAAUCUUGGCUGCUGCUAGGUACAAGUUGAACAUGGACGAAAAGGUCAUACAGGCAGGCAUGUUCAAUGAGAAGAGCACAGGCGUUGAACGCAGGCAGUUCCUGCAAACAAUUCUUCACCAAGAUGAAGGAGACGAAGAAGAGGAAAAUGAAGUGCCAGACGACGAAGUGGUAAACCAGAUGAUUGCACGGUCGGAAAACGAGUUGGAAAUUUUUGAGGCAAUGGAUGUAGAGCGUCGAUUGCAGGAUGGAAACAAGUCAAGGUUGAUGGGCGAGAAUGAACUGCCUGCUUGGCUUGUGCAGGAAGAUGAUGAGGUUGAAAAAUGGACUUGUGAGGAAGACGAGGAGAAAUAUGGAAGGGGAUCACGCCAGAGGAAGGAAGUUGAUUACUCUGAUAGUCUGACUGAAAAGGAGUGGCUAAAGGUAUUGUUGAAAAUAAAAAUUCCACAAAAAAUUCAAUUUAAUACUUUUGUGUGUGUGCAGGCUAUAGCUGAAGAAGGUGAGGAAAUGGACGAGGAGGACGUAGACGAAGAAGAAGAGAGACGUCGCAACAAAAAGAACCGUAAAAAGCGAAAGAAGGAAGAAUCAAUGGCGGUGGCCACUGCUGCUCUGUCUGGUGGAGAAGGACCAAGUUCUGUUCCUUCUCUUGAGACUGCAGAGGACACGCCCAAAACAAAAAAGAAGAGAGGCAGACCCCCGAUUGACAAGUCGAUCGUCACAAGCAAGCACAUCAAGAAACAAAUUAGGAAGAUUAUGGACAUGGUCAUCAACUACAAAGACAGCGAUGGACGUAUAUUGAGUGAACCUUUCUUAAAACUUCCCCCAAAGAAAGAGCUGCCUGAUUACUAUGAAAUCAUCCGGAAGCCACUGGAUAUUAAAAAAAUUAUGUCUAGAAUCGAAGACAACAGAUUCAUGAGUGUUGAUGACCUGGAACGAGAUUUCAUGCACCUUUGCAAGAAUGCCAGAACGUAUAACGUUGAAUCAUCCCUAAUUUAUGAAGACUCGAUUGUCCUGGCAAAAGUCUUCCAAACUGCCAGGAUCAGAAUUUGUGGAGAGCCAACUGAAACUGGAGAGGAGUCUCGCACUGCUGAAGAGGAGGAGGAGGAAGAAGAAGAAGAGAUCGAAGAGGCCAUGGACGAAGGAACUAGCUCGAGAAGUGGAGUUGUCGAAGAAAUCGCUCCAGAAUAUGAAGCUUCCACUUCGGCCCCUGCAGCAGCAGUUCCGAAAGUGAAAAUAAAGCUGACGCCUGGUACGAUGGCAGUAGCAACGCCCAUACAGACGGAAAAGAGGAAAAGGAAGAAGUCGAGGAAGUUAUACACAAGUGAUGAUGAGGAGAUGCAAGAAGGAUUUGCUGAAGAGACGUACGCAGCCGAAACAAAUGGUUAGCUGCUUUUGUGGGAAUAGUUUUAAUUUUUGACUCAAUAAGUUGUAAGUAAGGACAAAUUGUGGUAAACUUCAUUUAAAAAUGUUUUGAUACACCAGACAUUUCUUUAAAAUUGUAGAUUACUUUUAUUGGAUGCUGAAAAAAAGCAUAAUUACAUACAAUGCGUUUUUUUGUGCAAUUAAAUAAAUAACAGCUUUACAUGUAA